CUGCACGCAUUGCAAUGGCAUACACAGUGGAUGACUUGUUUGGAAGAGACAGUCUGUUGGGUGAUCCCAAUGACCUGGACAACUUGGUAGAGUUUGGAGAUGCAGGAAAUCAUUCGGAUAACGAGGUGCAGGGAGGUGAUGCAGGUGGGGAUGACGACAAUGAAGAUAAUGAGGGUAACAAGGAUAGUGAUAAAAAACCUGAUGAGAAAAAGGUUAUACGAAUUAAGCGACCUCAACCCAAGCUAGAUGCUGAAAGGUUAAAAGGACCACGGGGCUUGCUGCAACUGAAAAAAUCUUUUGCUGACAUCAAAUUUAAAGGCAAGAAUCAUGAAGCUGAAGACCUGCAGAGGGUCAUGGCAAGACUUGAGCACUGGUCUCAUCGUUUGUUCCCCAAAUUUCAAUUUGAUGACUUCAUUGAAAAAGUGGAGAAGUUGGGCUCUAAAAAAGUGGUGCAGAAUUACGUCAAAAGACUGCGUAUGGGGCUCGAAGAUGACGACGAUGGUGUAGUAAGGGGUGAUAAUGAAGAAGCUGUGGAUAACCCAGACCCGGUGGCAGAUGACACAAUGGGAGAGUUUGACCGUCUUUUGGCAGAACAAGUCUCGCUUCAUGAAAACAGCUUGUUGGUGUCAUCUCCGAGAACCCCUGGUGCUCCUGGCGCCCCAAGGACUCCAUCGAUAGCGCCCCUACGGCCGCAAGCUGUGUCAUCUACUCCUGCUCAACCGGUCCUGCCGGUCCUGACCGACGAGCAGCGGGCACGCAUCGAACGCAAUCGCCUCGCCGCCAUGGAGAAGCGCCGCACCCGCCUGGCCGCCAUGCGCGCCGGCGAGCAGGAGGAUCAACAGGCUCGCCAGGAGCAGGACGCGCAGGCCCCGCAGGCCCCGCAGGCCCCGCAGGCCCACCAGGGGACGCCGCGGCCCAAGGGCCAGCCCAAGGGGCUCCGCGGCAGCCCGCGCCGCGCCAGCGUGCUGGACGCCGGGGCGGCGCUCCUGGCUGCCGCCCCGGAGGCGGAGGGCAACGACGACAAGAAUGUCGAGGAUGGUGGCGGAGGGGAGCAGGAGCAGGAGGCGCCCGUGCCCUCCCCGCCCCCGGCGCCUCAGCCGGCCCCCGGACCGGAGCCCUCCCCCAAGCCCGCGCCCGAGCCGAAUCCGGCUCCCGAACGUGGCGGCCAACAGGCUGUCGAGGGUGAAGCCAGCCGCAGCGACACCAGCACCGAGUCGUCCGACAACCUGGCCCUCCUGGCGGCCAGCAUCCUGGACAGUGGCGACGGCCAGCUGGGAGCUGGGGAGCCCGGACGACUCGACAGCCAGGGAGAUAUAAAAUCGCUCACUACCCCUGAUGUAGAAAUCUGCUUGUCGGAAUCGUCAUCAUCCUCGUCUGGAGAUCCAAAGGUCACAUUUGACACAACCACUGCUAACGCUAGUCUGCAAAAUGAUGAGUCUUCUGAUAAAAUGGCAGGAAAAAGGGAUCUGAGUAAGUCUGAUAGUUCUUCUGAUGAUGACAUUACUUCUGGCAAUAAGUCCCCAUCUAGCAGCUGUGCUAGCAGCACUGGCAGUAGCUCCACCAAGAGGUCAGCAGAUGAAGGAAAGCAUUUCAAGAAAUUUAGAAAGGACGCUGACUCUCCUGUGCCAUCUGAGGGCAACUCGUCCUGGGGGCUAGCAGCCUUUUUGGAUAAGCAGGAAGAAAAAUCUCCGCAGCCUGGGGAUGAGGGACCUGCUAUUGAUUACUCUGAAGAAGAUAUUGAAGUCGACAGUAUUAUCAACUCAGCUAGCCAGUGAAGAAUUUGAAGCUUGUCUGUCACUUCUGCUUUCUCUGUGCAUUUUUCCCUCUUUCUAAGUCAUCUUUUGUGAGUGUUUAUGACUUUCUUGUAUGCAUUUGUUCUUGUUGUGCUUCUUAGAGAAAUAUCUGGUGUUAUAUGUGAAAAUAUCUUCUCCUUAUAGUAGGGGAAUAUGGGUAUUAUGCUCUUUUAUUAUUGUUAGGUGUGUAUUAUACAUGUGUACCUUUCUUUUAACAAUUUUAAGCUUUUCCAUUUUUAUUUCUCUUUUCCUGAUUGAUUUACUCUUAGGCAGAAAGAUAUUGUUCAGUUGACAGUCACUGCAUGACUCAUGAUUCCAUGUGAUAAAUGAAAUAAAGAAUAUAAACUUUCUUUAUUGCUCACUGGAUUUUGCAACAGAUUUUGCACUAAGGCCUCUUGAAGGUUUAAGUCUUUUUAAUAUUUAAGUGAAGCUUUGUCUUCCUUAAUUUUCAAUGUAGAUAAACAGGGUGAUGUGAAAAAGUCUGAAAUAGUUAGUCCAUAUCAAAUUGGUAUUGAACAUGAGUAAACAAAUUAGAUUUAGUAAUUAGUUGCUCAAUUUGGCACUAUGCUAUGUUCUCAGUCAAGUACAAAAAAUAUCUAAUCAUGGUCACAUUGCAAGAAAGUUCUGUCAAGGUACAAACAUACUUUUGCCUAAAAGGGGAGUUAGUUUCACCCCAUCUGAUUUUGUUUCAUUCUAUCAAAUGUCAUGUUUGUAACAAUUUGCAUUUUUUCCUCUUGUGUCCUGUUGAUGUGUUAUUUUUUCUUGUCUAUCUAUCUAAUUUAAGUGAAUGUUCUGCUGUGGAACCUAUUAUAUAAAAGGACCACCUUAGGUUUAAUGAAUGGGAGAUCAAUUCUUUGUUCUUGUUCCUGAAUAUCUACUUGAAAUGUUAAAAAGAGCAUUAUGUAUUUAACUUUAAACUGUGAUUUCUUGCCUUUUAAUAUUCCAUUGAGGGUACUAAAAGUGAAGCAUGCUUCACUAUUCUUGUGCUGUGAGCUCUUCCCAUAUUCUCCAAAAUUCAAUAAUUCAAUAAGAUUGUGUUCAGUCACUUUAACUUACCAAGGCAAGUUUCAAUUCAACAAUUUUUUGUUCUAUCACAAAGUAUAGGUCCAUUGCUGCUUGUCUUGCGGAUUCCUGUGAGCAUAGAACUCAUGGACCGUAGCAUGUAGUGUUCUUUGACACUUGUCAAAGAAAAGCAACACAUAUUUGUGUUGUGUGCCCUUCUAUAAUUAUUUCUCAUAUAUUUUACUAAUUUUUACCAUGAAAAUUCUAAAGUUAUCAAAACUUUCAGAUAGUGUUCUUUUGAAAAAGCUUGAAUUAUUGUACAUUUUUUACCAUUGGUAUGUUGUAAUUGACCUAUCUUUUUCUUUUUGAUGAGUAGCACAUUCUAUGUAUUCAAACAAUUUUCUCACUUUAUAUCUGUAUGGAAAAAAAAAACAACAACUUGGUUUUACUAAUCUGAAGUGAAAAGUAGAUCAACCACUGAAAAUUCAUGUCCCCUCAGUUUAAAAAUAUAUAGUUCUUGGAUUUGUUGUUUUUCUAUCUUGUGAUUCUUAUUGGUAGAAUAAUUUCAGCAGUAUAUUCAACUCCUUAUUCAGUCCAUUUAUCUUUGUGGUAGUCUCUAAGUAGAACAAAAACCUUGAAGAUCUCAGGAAUGAAAAUAUUCUGUUUUUACUUACAAUGUGUCGGAACUACCCACAGUACAUUUGUGUCACUCAAUUAUUUGUCAUCCUCCUCCUUAUCCCCUUUUGCGCUGAUUAUUGUUGGUAGAAUAAGUCUGGCAGAAGCUGUCACGCCUUAGUUUGGUCAAUGUGUCUGUGUAGUAGUGGAAAUAAAUGUGUGAGAACAUCUCAAACCCAA